GAGGAAACGUUAGGGCCGCGGAAAGUCAAAGGCCGUCCCGGAGAUGGAACCUUAUCAAAGGUCUCGCCGUUUAUAAUUUCUCUCUUUUUGAUGUUAUAUAUUAACAAAAAAAUACGUUAUAGUGUCCGUAGUGCGUUUUCCGGUGGGACUACAGCGUGUGUUGUUUGUUUGCAAGUCCGGAAAUUUUUCAGCGCGUUUCCUCACACGUCCCUUCCACAAGAUAAAGGAUGACCAAAUUAUUGCCUGAAACAGGCAGCUGAGGAGAAAGGAUUAAAAAGCUGUAAAAUGCCCAAAUCUGGGUCUUCCAGAACAGCACAGACUGAAAGUUCUGAUAGCAACAGCAACAUGGUUGAAAAACAGACUGGAAGAAAGAAUAAAGAGAAGGUUACAUCCUACAACAGAACACCUAAAAUAGACCGCAGUGAGUUGGAAAAAGAAGUGAAAGAGAAAACUUCUAUGAAACGUAAACUUCCUUUCACUGUCAGUCCAUCUAGGAGUGAGCAAAGAGAAUCCGACACAGAUUCAGAUCCAGGACACUCAAGUGAAACCUGGGGAGAACGAUUAAUACCACCUUACAGGACGUACUCAGAAAAGGAAGGUCCUGAGAAAAAGAAAAUGAAAAAGGAGCCUGGAAACAAAAAGUCUGUUCCUGUUUGCAAGGCCACACUUGGUGGCAUACUUAUUGGGUAUCCACUGUCGGAACGUCAACAGAUGGCUCUAGUGAUGCAGAUGACUGCGAGAGAUAACAGUCCAGAUUCGACUCCGAACCACCCAUCUCAGGCAACGCCAGGGCAAAAAAAGACUCCAAGUUCCUCAUCUCGACAGAAAGACAAAGUUAAUAAACGAAAUGAGCGAGGAGAAACACCAUUACACAUGGCAGCCAUUCGUGGUGAAACUAAGCAAGUCAAAGAGCUUAUUAGUCAAGGUGCUGAUGUUAACGUUAAAGAUUUUGCUGGCUGGACCCCACUACAUGAAGCCUGCAAUUUGGGGUAUUACGAAGUUGCUAAACAGCUGAUACUUGCAGGAGCAGAUGUGAACACCCGGGGUCUUGAAAAUGAUACUCCGCUGCAUGACGCUGCAAGCAAUGGACAUAGAGAUAUCGUGAAAUUGCUUUUACGCAAUGGUGGGGAUGCAUACCAAAUGAAUCAUCGUGGAGAACGUCCUGUGGAUGUGGCUGAUUCAGAUGAAAUGGAACAGCUUCUGAAAGGGGAGCUUCCACUUUCUGAUGAUGAGGAUGAUGACAGUUGUACAGAAUCUGAAGAGCUACCUUCUGUGAACCCAUCUAGUGUAGAUGAUAAUGUGGAUGAUUCUGAAGCAGAAAAAGAAUUAAAAACAGAUACUAAUCAGCAGUUGACACCCUGCAAAUCAAUUGCAUCAUCUGCCCUGGAUGAAUACGAGUUCAAGGAUGAUGAUGAUGAAGAUGUUGAUGAAGACGAAGAAGAAAUAAGCAAGCUUGUAGAUCAGAAACGGAUUCGAAGAAGAGAUGGUAAAAAGAGUGUUGUUAAAGAGAACAGCAGCUAUUUAACACCACCAAAGCUAGAAUUUCAGAAACCAUUCAAAAUUAAAAAGCAGAAGUCAGCAAGAGUUCUUGUUUCAUCUAGCUCUGAUAGCUCAGAUGAUGAACUGCAUCAAGAGAAAAAGACUUGUUCAGCCAGCUCUCUAGAGAUUGUUCCAGAUAGCAGCAAAUCAGAUGCAAGGACUAAGAAAGAAAACUUGGUCACUCUUGAACAGAAAGAAAAAGGAAAGGGGAAGAAAAAAGUGAAGAAACAAAGCAAAAAUAAAGAGAACCAGGAGUUCAAAGAGGAGAAAGAAGAAAAGGAAAAUGCUAAACUGAUGCUUUUCUCCACUUGCUCUGCUUUGGACUCAUUAGACCGCUCAAGAGAGGAGGAUUCGUUUAGGAAGUCUUUGAAAGAUGAUUCUUCAGGUCAUCAGUUCCACCUUUCUACUGCCAAGUCUCCAAAGCAUGCGUGUGGUUUAAAUGAAAAACGAGCAAAGCCACUUAAACAGGAAAAUACUAAAACCGCUCCAUCUUCAGGAGCAUCAGAAAUAACUUUCCAAUCUGAGGUUGUUCGAUUUGAUCACCUUACAGAUUCCGACUAUACUUCCGAGAGUUCCAGCAAUAAGUCUUUUAAAUACAAUACAAAGACAAAGCAUCACAAAAAAGAUCUGAGUGUAGAAUUUGGUGAAAAGUCUGGACAGAGGAGCAAAGAGGAGGAGACAGGCAUAUUUGAUAACAUGGAAGAAGUUUUUAAAAAGACUGACAAGGAUGGCAAAGUUAUAAAAAAGCAUAAAUUAAAGCAUAAAGAUAAAGAGAAAAACAAAAUUAAGAAAGAACAUGAAAACGAAAAGGGAAAACACAGACAAAAAGAGAGUGAAAAGAUAUAUCCUGAGUUUGAUAGAGAAUACUGGAAAGAGAACUUCUUCAAAAAUGAUGACACUAAUGAAACUUUCAAAGAUGAAAAUUCAAACUUGGCUCUUGCGGAAAAACCAUUGAAAGAUAAAACUCCCAUUAAAGAAGAAAAAGUAUCUAAGGAGAAGUAUUUUAAGGAAGAGAAGCCUUUCAAGGAGGACAGAGAAAAAGAGAAGUCUAAAAAGAAUAAAAAGGAAAAGCACUAUAAAGAGGAAAAAGAAAUUAAACUUACAAAUCUGGAAGAAAGGAAGGAAAUUGUGCUUGCAGACAAAGAUGAUUCACUUUACUCGGGUGUUUUUCUGAAGAAAGAGCAUACAGAGUUGUUUGAGAAAGAAAAAGGCACAGAUAAAGAGAAAUCUGAUACUCCAGAUAAAGAAAAGAAGGAAAACAAGGAGAAAAGUGAAAAAAAGUCUCCGACUAAAGAGAGGGACUUGGAAAAGUUAGAGAGAAAAUAUUCUGACAGGGAGAAGAAAAUAAAACAUGAGAAUAGGUCGGAGAAAGAGAAAUCAGAGACUCAUGAAAAAACACAGGAAAAAUCAUUUAGUAAAUUACAAGAGAGUGGAGAGAGGACAAAAGAAAAAGAUCGAUCUGGGAGCUUGUAUUCCACUUCAGAAAAAGUCCACCGUGAAAAUGAUAAAUUGAAGAAUGUAUUCUCUGUCAAAAAACCUGAGGAAAAAGAAAAGAGCAAAGAGAAAUUGGACAAAAAGCAUGAGAGAGAAAAAAUUGAAAGGGAGCGUCAUUCCAGUGGCAUAAAGGACAAAGUGGAAAAAGAGAAGCAUACUAAUGAGAAGAAGACUAAGUUUUCAGAAAAAGAUUUGCAGGACAGCAUUCUGAGUAAAGCAGACAAAGUUAAAGUAAAAGAAAAAGACAGAGACAUAGAAAAAGAGAAGAAGAAAGAGAAAUCUAGGGAAAGAGAGGGUGACCCUGUGACAAACUCCAAGCACUUGCAUGAUGAGAAGAAACGCAGCACAGUUGAGAGUAGCAAAGGAUCUCACGAUAAAUUAUUUUCUUCAAAGGAUAAAAUUAAGGAGGAUUUUCCUAAAACUCCUGAAACAAAAGAGAGAGAAAAGAAGGAAAAAGACAGACAAAAAGACAAAGUACCAGUGAAUACUUCUGUUAAAGCAAAGCUUAAAGAACCAGAAGCUGACAAAUUGAAGUCUAAAGAUUCCGGUGCCACAAAGGACGUGCGGCCAAAAGAGAAGAGACUAGUAAAUGACGACUUAAUGCAAACCAGUUUUGAAAGAAUGUUAAGUCUCAAGGAUCUGGAGAUUGAGCAAUGGCACAAGAAACAUAAAGAGAAGAUAAAGAUGAAAGAAAAAGAAAGGCAGAGGCAUCGAUCUGGCAUUGACCUCUCAAAAAUAAAAGAACGAGAGAAACUGAAGAGUUCAACGACAAGCAAAGAACUUACUAGAUCAAAAAGUUCAGAUCCAUCAGAGGUACAUUUGAAAGACAAGCAGCCGAAAGAUGUUAACAGUGUGAAAUCACUGACCACUGAUACAAAACAAAAUUUGCCAGAAACUCCAAGACCUCUCAUGAGUUGUGAAAGUAAUUUAACUGCGUCCCCCAGACAAGAGCGUGAUCGUAUGGGACUUACUUCAAGGUCUAUAUCAAUGAUCUCUGUUGCAAGUUCAGAAGAUUCAUGCCAGACCUCAGCUGUAGCGACGCCACGGCCGUUAACAGAUUAUGAUUCGGAUUUCACCAUUGAGGGUUCUGAAUCUCAGUCUUCCUUUUCACAGUCCGUAUUUCUCUCCAGUGCCAAAUCACCUGCCGUAUAUGACCGAGACUCUGAUGUUUUGGCUGAUUUGCCAGAUCGACUUAAAUCGCCACAUUCCAGUAAACUUUCAGGAUCUUAUCUGCGGUCAGUGUCUGCUGACAAUGCGAGAUGUGAGAAUGAAUGCCGGUCUGUAGGUGAUGUUCGGAGAUGCAGUAUACCAGCUGUUGCAAAUGACCAUGAUAAACCGUUCCACAAGCAAGUAGAAGUUAGCCUGCCACUUUCAAGUGAAAAGCAAUAUAGUUUUUCACCAGCAGUACAAAGCCAGGCCUGUACCUCUCCUCGAUCAGAACCACUUCCAGACAGUGGCCCUGAAGAGGGCACAUGUAAUAGCACUUCCUGUUUACAGUCUCCUGCUGUUAUUGUACCAAGCGACACUAAUUAUUUAUCACAGGAUGCAAAUCCCAACAGCGUAGUAGUGCAAAGUACUUCUCAGCAGAUGCCUGUGGUACAGCCACAACUAAACUGUUUGAUUAGUGACAUUCAGCCAGAAAAACCAAUGGAAAUAUCAUACGAUAGGCUUGAUGUUCCUUCACUUAGUAGUAACGAUGGCUAUACAACUACAGCAGCUUGCGAGAAAAACAUUUUUAGCCCUUUACCGCAUGUUCCACAAGAGUGGAGUUGUUCAGACCAGAUAACAUCAGAACUAGUAUCCAAGUCUCCACAGGGACUUUGUAGUGAGUCUUCCCAAGCAGCAAAUCUCCUUGAGGCACCAUCUUAUUUUUCACCUACACAUUCAUCCAAUUCAUCUUGUACACGAUCACCGUUAGACAGUGACGGCACCCCUCGAGUACUCUUCUGGCCAAAAUGUGGAGGAACUCAAGAAGACUUAUCACAAACUCAAACUUUGCAAGAUACAGAUCAGAGUUCCAUUUCAUGCAAACCACACGUGGAAUCUUCAGGGAUAGCUGAUGAAAAAGAUGGUAAAUGUCCUUCUCUUGAUGUAAAUUCUGAUCUUGCAAGUCAAAAGACUGUGGAAGAUCCAGCAAAUGAUUGCAAACCAAGUGAAAUGCAAGACUUGGAAGAAAACUCCUCCACACCAUCUGCAGCAUUACCAGAUGGCAGCAAUGUUAAUGAAAAUCUUGUGGACCAAAUAAGGACUGUACAGAGUUUAUUAACUGAAUCUCAAGAAAAGAUGGAAGGUACAAAAAGUACAGUUUUAGCUAGUCACGAGCCAGCUUGUAAUCAGGAGAGCUCACUGUUAGACACAGUGCCAGUAGCCUCAGUUGAUGAAAUGCAAUCAGAGCCAAAAGAAGAACUGCCCGAAGCAAUACCUUCCACGGAACAUGCGCACACACAUUCAGUAAGUGACCAAUCUCAGUCUUUGGAAAGUAAAGCUCAGGACCAAGAUUCCUCACUGGAGAUGGAAGUUUCCCAACAUUUCACAGCUGCUGGUCGGGACCCUGUAAUGAUGCAUGAAGGAGCAUCGGAUGAACAAAGGCAGUCCAUUGAAUCAAUGAAAGAGGAGUCAGAAGACCGAAUGGAAGCUGACCGCACAGAGCAAGAUAUUCCUCAGAGGAUUACUCGCAACAGAGCAAACAUAUUAGCCAAUCAAAGCAAACAGUCUGCUGUCAACUGUGCACAGGUCUCUGAUAAAGAUACAGAAUCUGUCACACCUGUGAAAAGUAAAUCUAAGUUAACAGAGGAGGAAGAAGGCCAGGUACACCACCCACAUAAACGAAAGUUGUCACGUGUUCCACAUCCAACGCAAGUGAAAUCCACUUUGCAGCAAGCUAAGGAAAAGACGCAACAGUCACUGGCAGCUAUUGUAGAUUCUUUAAAAUUAGAAGAGAUUCAGCCUUAUCAUUCGGAAAAGGCAAACCCUUACUACGAGUAUCUCCACAUUAGAAAGAAAAUAGAAGAGAAGCGUAAAGUGCUAUGUAGUGUCACUCCACAAGCACCACAGUUUUAUGAUGAAUUUGUUACAUUUACUGGAUCGUACCUGCUGGAUGGAAACCCUUUGAGCAAACUUUGUAUACCAACUAUAACUCCUCCUCCAUCAUUGUCUGAAGCACUGAAGGAACUCUUCAGGCAACAGGAAGUUAUUCGAAUGAAGCUUCGAUUACAACAUAGUAUUGAACGGGAAAAGCUUAUCAUGUCAAAUGAGCAAGAGGUUCUGAGAGUCCAUUACCGUGCAGCAAGGACACUAGCAAAUCAAACUUUGCCUUUUAGUGCCUGUACUGUGCUUCUGGAUGCAGAAGUUUACAACAUGCCUCAGGACCCUCAGGGUGAUGAAAACAAAACAUCAGUGAGGGAUCGAUUCAAUGCACGCCAGUUUAUGUCCUGGUUGCAAGAUGUAGAUGAUAAGUUUGACAAAUUGAAGACAUGCCUUCUUAUGAGACAGCAGCAUGAAGCUGCAGCAAUGAAUGCAGUGCAAAGACUGGAGUGGCAGCUUAAACUACAAGAGCUUGAUCCUUCCUCGCACAAAUCUUUGAGCAUCUUUGAAAUUCCUGAGUUUUACAUCCCACUUGUUGAUGUUAAUGAUGACUUUGACUUGACACCAAUAUGAUUGUGCAUCUGUUCUGGAGGUUUUAAGCUAGUGCUUAAUGAUAUAGUUAGUCACUGCUGAAUGAUACAGGACAGUUACAAAUAGGCUUGUGUGUUUGGCUCCAGAGCACUUGGAAGAAAAGUGAGGAAUUGAGGACAUGGGUGCAUAUGGCAAAGAAGGUGCAGUACCAUUCCUGCAUAAUGAUGUGAGAUUCAGCACUAACGCACUGUGACUUCCCAUCACUGUUUACCAGUAACCACUACUGUCUUUCAGUAGUAUAACAGUUGUAGCUGACAAAUAGAUAUAAUUCCCUCUUAAUAUCUGCCUGUACUUUAAAGUUUACAAGAUGGGGGCAUUUGCUACAUUAUGUUCGUACCAGCAGCGCUGGCAGCUGCAAGGUGACAGGGGCAAAGAUACUCUGUCCCCAAGAAGGAGUUCAUGGUACAGUAGAACCUCACCUUUGCACUCACAGCUGGAGUGCUGCCUCAUUUAAAAUAUUAUACAUUGGCUCCUAAUAUCUAGGCUUUUCAUCUUCCAAGUAUAGGGAUCUGUUUCUGGGUAACAUUCUAACAAGAACCUAAAUCUAUCUAUCUAAAAUACCAUUCUCUUCAUUACUGUAUCUAUUCUUCUCCAUUCAAAACAGAAACUACUGCAUCAAGAGGCACUUGCUGGUUUUGUCAAUGUUUCAAGAAUUAAUGGUAUUUAAAAAAGUUUUCUGUUUACAUGCCUGCACUUUGUUAAAUUUAAUCACCUUAUAGUUUUGAGCACUUCAGAUUCCUGUCAUCGACUUGGUUUAAAAACACUUUACAAGCCUCAUAAACCUGGUGUUUGUCUCUGAGGGACAUUUAGAUGCAUCUGAAGGAAUCCUGAGUGUGGGAAGUCAAAGCUUAAAUUUGCCUUCCUACUAAUUCUCUCAUAUCUCAAGUUGCUGGGAGUAACUGAUGUGUUAGAGUACAUCUUUAGAUCAGCCAGCAUUGUUGAGAACAAUCCAGGCUCUUAAAUUCAGACAGUUCAAACCAACAAAAAAAAAUUAAAAUUAAAGGGGCUGUUGUGGGAGUGUAGGGCCUUGUACAGCCCAGUGGAUUACAUUGGACACAUCUUUCUUAAGCUAGCUAGCUGCUCUGAGUGUACGUUUAUUAUUUGUUCAGUUUAUCAAUUCUCUUUUCGGUGAUGGCUUGAUAAUUUAAAGCAAAGCAUUCUCCAGUGCUAUUCAAUAUUUUGCUCUGCUGCUGCCAAAUUAUUCUAAACUGCUUUAUCCAUGCAUCCACAAGUUUAGAGCUUCUCUAAGUAGCUUAUUCUAUGCUUCUUCCCUCUCCCUCAUCCCCCUGUGAUUCUUGUAUGUGUCCUAACUCUUAGCUUCUCUCUGGAUGACUCCCAAGUAGUAUGUUAUAGCUAGGCUCUAUUACAUUUCCUAAUAAGCAGUUGAUCAUAAUAAAAUACACCUUGGGCCUUUUAUUCUUUUACUGCCAUAAAGAGGCAAGCACUGUACUCUGAUUAAUUUGAAUUUUAAAAAGAAUAGACAAAUUAGUUUAAAAAAAAAUUAGUCCCAUCAUUUUUACUUCAGUUACCAGUUCUGAUCCUAGAUACUGUACAGAAUGUUUUUGUUUUUGGGGGUGGGGGGGAAAUUCUGCACAGAUGUAUUAUUUUGUCUUUUUUUAAAAAUAAGUUAUUUUAUACAUAUCAUUGCGCAGUUGUAAAUAACAUUGUAUUUAACAAUAUUGUUUAAAAUAUGUAUAAAGGAAAUUAUAUAGUUAUUUUGAUUGUAUAGCCCAUUAAUUGUCUAAUGUUUCAAUGGACCAAAGUUGCAAUUGAUAGUUGGUUUUAUAUUGAUUGUAAUGUGCUGUGGUUUGACCUUGUUUGUUAGGGCAUGUGUUUGGUUUGCUUUUUACAUUGCAGCAACUGUUCGAGAUUACAAUUACGAUGCAAUGCAUGCGUUACCAGGUUAUCUUGUGUCCUGUUCUCCUCCAUCCCCUCUCCUCACAUCCUGAAGAAAAAUCUGCAGCAGAACCUAUUUUUUCAGCACAAAUGCUUUUUGAAUUAUAGUUCUAAAAGUGUAAAUUGUUUAUUUUAAUAUUUACCUGUUGAUUAAUAUGUAAAUACAUGUAAAUAUAUUGUUAAAUAAAUUUUAAUGGUCAUGUUAAUUAAA